UCCGAUUCAUGCGUCUGAAAUUUUCAGUUUCAGAAUUCAGACGAUUCCAGACACGUGGUGAAGCUGUCAGUUGGCAUCCUGGUGCCAUCGGAAGUCCAAACGUACCACCCUCAUUUUCCACCACACGGUGGUGACGAUUUGCAACCACAAAUUGCACCAAUAGUCCUCAAUAAUAAGAACCACGCUCAUCCUCAGCAAAUGUCUGAGGUCCACUACAUCCCUGAAUACGAGAACAAUCUCAUCAGUCCCGAAGAGAUCGUCGGUCACACGAACGUGGAUAUUCCUGUGGUACAAGAAGAACAACAAAGGCCUCCGGAUUACGCCUUUCCUCAUCCUCAUCAGGACACAAAUAAUGACUACGUAGAGCAAGAAGAGGAGAUUCCAUUCAACAACAAUGAAGACCCUUGGGAUGGAUAUCUUAUUGAUGAGAAUAAUGGGGAACUCGUUGUUGAACCCGAACAAGGCUGGCCGUCGCAGAAUUUGAGACCUCCACCGGAACAAAUUCGUAUCGCAGAUGUUCGCCAUCAAUGGACGCAAAAGCAAGCAAAAAUAGCGAAUAAGCCAUCAGCAGAAGAACAUCAUGAAGCAAACAAUUCUCAACUCCCAGAAAUUGAACAACAGGUUUUGAAAGAUGAACCACUUCAAGAAGAUUACUUCAACUGGAUUCCUGAAUCUCCUCCUCAUGAUUCC